CUUUAAAAUAGGGAGGAUUUAUUAAUUUGAACACACGGUCCGUCCACUCAGUUCAGUCACUGGUUCGAAAUUUGGAAUGCUAUUGUACCACUCUCGGCGCGAGCACGGAGGCGUAGGCAUUCAUUCAUAUCUGAUAUUUUCCAGAUAAAGUGCAGUGCCCAUCAGGAACCAGAAUGGAAGAAAGCAGCAGGGAUUUUUCCAACACCCAAUUUGGGUCUUCUUUUGAUCCAACUUCUCCUCUCUCCAACACCAAACCCAUCACUCCCUCCCUAUUCAAAUCCAAACCUGUUUUCUUACAUGAAUGGUGGCUCGCAAAGCCGCAAAACGAACGUGGGGGUUUAGCUGUUGGCGGCGUUGCUUCGAUGGAGAGAGAGAGGGUGUUUUUGUCAGCAGUGAUUGCAAAGAGACAUGAGGCUAAUGUCCUAGAGACUGAAGAUGGCAUCACAGUUGUUUUCCGUGGUUUCAUCAACACUAAUCGGACAUGUGAAAAUGGUUUUCCAUCUGAGGUAUAUCGCCGCUUCUUGAUUGGAUUUCCCCACGAUUGGAAAAAGUAUUCAGCUCACAAUUUAGGUGAUGAAUAUAUUGAUGGAGUGUCAGGUGUUGCAGUUGAAAGCCAAACUGGAAAUCCUGUUUCUUGUACAGGAUUUUCUGGAAGAAGCAUGGUUGAAUCUCCAAAAACCCCAAUUUUUUUGGAAAAAGACCAAUCAGCAAGUGACCCCAAGGAGAAGCAACGAAAUAGGCAAGAGAUUAUAGAGGACAGAGAUGAUUCCUGUAGUAGGAGGGUAACUAGAAGCAUUUCCAAAAGAGGUCACACAAUGCUUGUAAAAGAUAAGAAGGCUAAAGUAACCUGUGUUAAUUCUCCUGUUAGAAGAUCUCCCAGACUAUGUAAUUAUAGAAAAUAAUCUGUUAUGCUAAAAUAGUGGCGGGUAAAUGAAAAUGUAAAAGGAAUCAAUCAGUUUGUUAUUUUGUGAUUGAAAUAUGAAAGAUGUUAAUUGUUUUCGUA